AUGACAACAUCAUCCCAUACAUUGCCGGGUGGUGUUGGGGCGAACGCUCCCUCAGUUCCACCCAAGGCGGGAUCUUCUCCUGGCCCACCAAGAUAUUUUACUCCGUCACCACACCCGCCUGGAAUGAGAUCAGGCCACUCCCCGAUGCGAUCUAGUUCUCCAAUCUCGUCCUCUCUUUAUGCUCCUCCUUCACUUUCAUCUGCACCAGCUACUUCCAGCAUGGGCUCCAAAAUUCCGCUUGUGCAAUUUAUUGUAGAAAGCGGCCCAAAGUCUAUUCUUAAAGAAUACUUUCCCUCUAUAAUAUCUUCACAUUAUGGAAACACCAUCAAAGAAGCCGACAUUGCCCAAGUAUUGGGAAUGAUGGCUGCUACGCAAGCACAGCUAUCGCUUUCUCAACGCGCCAGCAAGUUGCAGAUUACAGCGCCAGGCGGGUCGCCAAUCUCGACAGCACACACCUCCACCAGCUCCUUAUCUUCCAAUUCGCUAAUUGAGGGCUGGAAUUGGACUGAUUUUGUGGAUGUUAUUCUGGAGAUAUUCCCAUAUCUUAACUGGACGGCAAUAAUUGGAUGCUUGGAUUAUCCAGAGUUUUAUCUUCAAGAUGUCAAGGGCGUAGAGUUGAUCGUGCGCACAUUUUAUUAUGCCACCAGAAUCUCAGGAACGCCUUUGGAGUUUCCGUGCUACCUUUUCAUCCAAAAGGUUUGGGGAAAUUCUCCCGGACAACUCUCUUUCCUCAGAUAUGCAUUAAUGGCCACUCCAGAGCUGGCUGUCUUUUCUGAACUAAUAAAAACGGCUGGGAGGCGGCUUUUAUCGCUCGAGGACAUUGAAAUGGUGGGGUCCGGUACCCAGUCUCAAUUGUCCACAUCUGGGGCUGCCAGCACAUCUCCUUCUUCUGCAUCUGCUGCUGCUUCUUCUGCAUCUACUUCAGCAUCAACGAGAAAUGCACUGCUUCACCUUUUUCACCAACCCUGGAAUGCUGUGGAUCUGCUAGAAUUAACAGUACAUCUUCUGGACGUGCCGCCCUGUUAUGAAGACGCUAGGGCCAUGCUGGAGCUUGCCGCAAAGCAAGCCCCAGAGCUUUUGUGCCUAGGACUCGCACAUCUGCGUGUAGCUUGGGCCACUCCUGUAGGGGACUUGCUGGCGAAGCUCACGGGGGGGUUUCUUGUAGGACAGCCGGGGGCUUCUAUUGUUCUUCCGCGGCUUUGGCGGAUAUCUCCUUCCGUCAUCCUCGGCGUGAUGGGCGAGAUGCACCGCCGUGAUCCAUCGUGCGUUUCGCGCCUAUUGGACAUUGCACAGGAUUUGAAAGCGCUUCCACACGUGCUUUCAGAGGCGCGUUCACACACUUUCACUAUUGAUUUGGCGGCGUUGGCCUCACGUCGCGAACACUUGAAUCUAGAUAAAUGGCUGCAGGAGGUCGUCCGUGACCGCAAAGAACCCUUCUUGCGGGCCUUGGUAGAAUAUGUAUAUGAGCACUUGACGAGUGGAGCGGCUCCAGCAAUCACUUUAGGUGAAGCUCUUCCUCGCCGCUCACCUAUCCCGCCAAGCUCGGAGGCGCUUUCAUUGAUGCUUAAAACGCUUGCAGCUUCUGUACCAUUAAUGAGCUCCGAAUGCGCGGAAAGAUGGACGCAAUUGACUCAGAGGUUUUCCCCAGCUGUUGGCCGUAGCAUGCCUCAACAAUCAGAAACCACAUGUGCCCAAUCUCACGGGCUAGCACUAGCGACAGCGCCUGGUGGUGGCCCAAUCGCCACUUUAAGCGGCACAGCACAUUCCCAGGCUACUACGCCAGCACCCUCACACUGCUCAUCACAAGUGACGGCCUACUUUGAGAUGGCUGCCUUUCAGCCAGAUGUGGAAGCGGAAGCCAAUGCUUGUUAUGAACGCAUAUAUGCGCAAGAGGCCUCCGUGCAAGAUGUACUUGAAACAAUGAUCCGAUUGAGAGGUUCUCGGGAUCCUCGAGAUGGCAUGGUCUUUUCAUGCAUGGUGCAUAACCUCCUGGAUGAGUUCCGCUUUUUUUCCAAGUAUCCAGAGAAAGAGCUUGCAUUGACCGGUGUCAUUUUUGGGCAGUUGUUGCAUGCACAGGGAUUGCUAGAUGGCCCACCGCUUUUCAUAGGUGUACGUAUGAUCGCUGAAGCACUGCUUUGCUGGCCACCAGAGUCAAAGUUGUGGCGCUUUGGAAUGACAGCGUUAGCCCAAUGCGUGCCAGAUGCAGCUACACGAUGGCCUUCCUUCUGCAGAAUGCUAAUCAGAGGCGUGACGGGACUCGCGACCUUUCCCACCAUUUAUGAGCGAUUGCGUCAGGGUACUUUGGUCGAUGAUUGCAGUGAAGAUGCAGCAUUGGUGCCCUUUCUUGAGGGACUCCCUGCUGCCGGCUUCGGUCCCCAAGCUACAUUUGUCUCUUCAUUUAUCUCACUUGGGGAGCGGGCUUCUCGCAGUUUGAAUGCUGAGCUCGGACGUCUGCCAGCAGGAGUACGGCGAUGGCUCCUCUGUGAAAGCGAAGAUGAAGAAGUGCCACUCCCCGCGGAACGGUUGCUGUUUCUCGUCAACAAUGUCGUUAGCAGCAAUGUGACAGAAAAGGCGCGCGAAAUUGCUGCUUUGCUGCAGGAGCAGGGUAAAGAAGAAUCACUUGUCGGCUCCUGGCUUGCACGAUACCUUGUGCUCAAGCGAAUUGGCGGAGAGCCGAACCAGCAUCUUGUCUAUUUGCGGCUGGUAUUAUCAGUAGAGCAAUUGCGCGCACAGGCAACUAUUUGUUUGCUACAUUGGACGCUGUUGGUGGCCGUAUGUCAGGCACGUAUGCUAAUCGUCGCCUUGAGCGGGAUGUCGGUAGCAGGUGACGAGAUGCUGUUGCGUAAUUUGGGCGCAUGGAUUGGUUUGGUGACGCUAGGGCUUCAACGGCCACUGCUACACAGCUACAUUCCGGUCGUUGAGCUGAUACUGGAGGCUCAUGACAUGGACCGUCUGCCAUUGGUAUUGCCUUUUAUCUGCAGAGUAAUAGAGGGCCUUGCCCGUGCGCCCACGCCACAGGUACUGCUACCGCGCAAUCCGUGGCUGAUGCGGGUUCUUGGUCUUCUUGUUGAUCUUUAUUCAGAAGGCGAGCGUGUGUUGCGGCUUAAUCUGCGCUUUGAGAUUGAAGGUCUCUUUCGUACGCUAAAUUUGCUGCGAGAAAACGCGGUUGCACCUGCGCUGCCAAUGGCUGUGGAGGCAGCCAAGUUGUUGGGGAUGCCACGACGUUCGCUGGACAUUUGGCGCGGCAGCGGCUCAUCACCUGCGGCUGAACUGGUGACCGGAUGUACUGCGACGACCAGUGGCACUUCUUCAGCAUCGAUCACCUCCUCUUUAUCAUCAUCAUCGUCAUCGUCAUCGAUACCUCCAUCUACUUCUUCAUAUACAUCUGUGAAACGAGCAUCGAUGGACGCGGCAGUGCUUGCAGCAGCAGCAGCACUAAACCUGAGUAGCACCAUUGGGCGACCGUUUCUAAGCGCCUUGGGCGAGGCCCUGAGUAUUUUGCACACGCCGGCCGGUGGUGAGCGCAAGGCUACAGCAUUGCAGCUUGAGGUUGCGGCACCAGGUGCGCCUGGGCUUCUUGGCGUCUUAUUGCUUUCUUGGGAGGCCGCCGUGCGUACUGUUAUCACGCGCGAUGUGCUCUUACGCAUGGCCACUGUCGGUAUUGUCACAGCCACAUCAUUGACGAUGGAUCCAUCGAUAUCCGGUCCAGCAUCCGCACCUAUACCCAAUGGUUCAUCAACAUCGAUGUCUUUGCCAUCAUUUGCGGCUGGACGCAUGGGGCGUUCGCUCGCGGCCCAUCUUGCGGGCGCAACGCUAAGGGAGCCUAUUGCAGCGGCGUUGGUACGCUUUGUAGAAAGCUUUGCUGCUGUAGUGGAGGAAACAUCGGGCAUCGAUGUGCUGAUGAUAUUGUCGAGCAGCGAACAACCUCUUCUGGCUGAAAUCAUUGAACGCAUGGCCGUUGUUGGGGCCGCACUUGCAGCCCAUAAUUCUGCACUCACAGCUUCUAGUGUUAGCAACAUCGACAAUUCGGCUGGUGGAGCUCGUGGUCAGGCUGCCAAUGCAGCCAACCUUUCCGCAGUCUUGGAAGCCUUUGGAGGCUGGAAUGGUGGCGUGCUUCCGGAAACCGGUACACUGCUUGCGCCCUUUGAACAUGGCGACCGUGUACGCAUCGGGGCGAUGCUCGGCAUGGCGCAUGGUGCGAUCCCUCCAACGCUUCAGAUCUCCGAUCAAGAACCACGGAAACCAACAAGCCCAGAUGGCAUUGGUUCACACACGCCAUCCGAAAUUGCAUUGGGCGAGUUUGAUGGACUUGUCGCACAAAUUUGCGAACUCGCAAGUGAGCGUCCAGCUCGCAGCGAGUCAGGUCCGCCAUCAGCAGGGGGGGCUCCAGUACAAGAACAUGCAUCGUUACGAACGCUCAUGAAGCAGGUGCUUGUGCUCGCACUUCAUGCUCCGCAACGCGAUGAGACAUGUGCGGCAUUUGCCGAGCGGCUCUGGGCAUUGCUACUUCAUUCUCCGAAUUUAGAGAUGGGCUCUACCUUGGCAUCGACGAGAUGCUCUGCGCUUGUGCUGCUGCUAGACAAACUUUGCGAACUCUCUUCGCGCGUGGCGCGGCAAGUCAGUGAUUGGGUUCUCGCUCUUGCCACGAACGUACGACAUACCGAGUCCCUACCGCCAAUCCCGGUCCUGAUCGCCAUUCUUGAAUCCGGUAUUGGUUCGCUACUUGCCUUUGACUGUGCACUUGGCGCUGCUCUCACGUCGUUAAAAGCUACGCACAUAGACUCGGGUCUUGCCACAGAAUCGGGGCCAACUUCUGGUUCGACUUUGGGAACAUACUCGGACUCAUCUUCAUGGGCGCUGGCGCUGAUAAAAGCAUCGGCGCGUGCGCGUGGAACUACCCCGGCACCUUUUUCGCCGUGGGAUUGGGAAGCGACGUUACAAGCAGCCACCAGUGGAGGCAUGCAUCCUGUCGACGCCGAGUGGCGACGCGAGGCCAUCACACAAGCCACAGAUGCAACCGCUGAAUUACGUCUUGUGUCCCUUCUUGAAGAAUGGGCACGGCUUUGUGAUGCGGUCUCUUCUUCAGACAAAACGCUGUGCUCUUUUGCUAAUCAGGCCGUAGUGCGCGGGUAUUUUCGCGUCCCUGCACUUUUCGAGUUCUUUUGGCAACGUGCACUGGGUUGGGCAUGGUGUGGCACUGUAGAGCGCGGGCGCUCCCCGCGCACCGUCGCCCUUGCUCGUCUCUUGCUCUUUGUUGUGCGUAUGUGGCCUCAUGGCGAAGAUAAAAACAUGCACCUCACCGGAGAUGGCCAGUUUGCGAACGGCAUUGGCUUGCACAUUAAUGAAUCCAGCACCACGGACGGAGUGCAUGCCAAUGCUGCGACGGGGUCUACAUUCGCUCCAGAUUCACUGCUAGGCAUGGGACGAACGGAGCUUUUGGCACGCUUUUGGGCAGCACUUUGUCGUUCCAUUGCAUCUGGGGGUUCAUUAGCGCGCACCUUGGCUGAGCUUCUCGGUGCAUUGCUUGUAGAAUGGCACGGAGCUGAACGGCAGCUUGGCGAUGCCACACUCUCCGCUGCUUUUUUCGAUCUGUUUGCACAGGGCAUGCACAUGUGUCGUCCAACGCUCUACCCGGGGCUUGCUUUCGCUUGGCUUGACAUGCUCUCGCAUCGAGUUCUGCUUCCACGGCUUAUCCUCGCCAAUGGUGGCAUCAGCAACGUAGGAUGUCGUGUCAGUUCGGAUGCACCUCUUGUUCUUCUAUUGGAUGCUCUGGCCUUUUGGUCUACUCUUGUCGGUGCUUCUCUUAACUCUUCAGGUGCGACCAUUUGCAUCGGCACAUGUGUAACCAGCGGGCCGUCAUCUGAUUUGCUUUCUUCCGGCCUGUCGAGCUCCGAGGUCAGUGCAGCCGCCCUACGCUUCAAUGAAGGGUUGCUGCGAUUGUUCGUGGUGUUGUUGCACGAUUUCCCAGAAUUCCUUGCACAACGGCACUGGCGUCUUGUUGCUGCGAUGCCGGGGGCCGCCUGGCAAUUGCGCAAUCUUGUGCUUUCUGCUUUCCCGCGAAAUUUGAAGCUUCUCGACCCUUUUUCACCUGUGCUCAAUAUCGAAGCGCUGGUGACAGAUUCCCUGCAGCAUCAUACUACCACUCUGGAGCCUUCUCUGGCGCAACUUGCUGGCCUUCUAACGUCUCCGGUCCCCCCAUCACCACGUACCUUGUUAGAUGAGGCAUUGGAACACGGACGAAUUUCGGCGAAUGCUGCGACGCUGCUGCUACAGCCACCUGCAACGAUCCCGAGACCUGUCUGGAUCAACCUGGUGGUAUUUUAUAUAGUCGCGCACGGCCAUGACCUAGAUCGGUGCCACGGCUCCAUCGAUGGCUCGCGUGCAGCAAUGCUGCUGACCGCAUUGCUCGCAGCCACAGCUUCUAUGAGCACCAUAAACGAGGACGAAGGCCGGUACUUGGUGGUGAGCGCCGUGGCUAACCAGCUGAGGUAUCCCAACCCACACACGCUAUUUUGUGCGCUGCUGAUCCGAAAUUGGUUCUCUGCUAACAACCUUGUGGCGGCACGAGAAACCAUUGCCCGCGUAUUGCUAGAGCGGCUUGUGGUGCAGCGCCCGCAUCCUUGGGGUUUGCUUAUUACGUUUGUAGACUUGAUCCGAACCCCUGCGUGCCGUUUCUGGCAACAGCCGUUUGCCCGCGGAUCGCCAGAUAUUGAACGGCUUUUCGAGAGCGUUGCCCGUUCGUGCUGCUCACAAGAACUGAGUCCAUAG